AUUUCCACUUUAAAACGUCAGACUUGAUUUGCCCUUUCGAAUGUAUCAACCCCUACAAAACCAGUACAUAAAUAUGAAUGAAUUAUUAUCCACAAAAUAAUUGACAUUUCAUGUUGCUGCAGGAUUAUUUUCCUGUUCUCUCUUUAUUGUUGAGAUGUUUUUACGCUUUAAUGUCAUCGUGUCAAACUGUUACUCCCAGUUCUACACUUUGAAAUGCAAAUAGACCGCAGCCUAUCAAAGGCAGAUUUCUUUUUCUGUUGUCAAGGAGAAAUGUCAAGCUUCUCAUGCAGCUUGAAGAAGUAGAAAGUAAAAGUGGAGACUUCAUUUACAGGUGAAAAACAUCUGCAGGCUUGGUGGGUGGCAAUCACAUUAAAAAGACUGCCUUUGUCAGAGCUCCUCUCAAUUUAAGUGAGAAGGAUGUCCAACCAUUCACACGGACAGCACCUCUGUAACCUCAACAUGACGGAGGAGGUACGGCUGUUCCAGCGGGUUGUGUACAGCCCUGUGUUUGUUCUGGGUCUGGUCCUGAAUCUCUCUGCACUGAGGAUGUUCUAUCGGAAGAGAGCCAGCUGGACAGACACACACAUCUACAUGCUCAACCUGGCCGUGGCCGACUGUGUCCUCAUCACCUUCUUGCCCUUCAGGAUCUACCACACCUUCUUCACCCUGGACCCUCCAGGCCUCUGUGCUGUUCUUGUUCUGAUCCACUUCACCAACAUGUACGCUAGCAUCUUCACUGUUACAGCUGUAAGUGUCCAGAGAUUCAUUGCCAUUCAGUUUCCCUUCCUCUCCAGGAGAAGUGUCUCCAAAAAACAAGUGGCUGUUGUAGUGUGUGUGAUGAUAUGGGUGACUAUUGUGUUCCUAUGUGUGAUAUUCAGGGAGCCCAAUGGGCCUGAGCACAGACUGGCCUGCUUUGAGAAAGACACCCGUCCCUUUCCACUGGACUUUAUUGUGACUCUGGAGAUACUGGGAUAUGUGGCUCCUCUUCUCAUAAUGCUGCUUUGUUCAUGUCAGAUGAUCUGCACUCUGCUGGCCUACAAGGACACGCACUCACAUAAGCACAGCAGGAAAAGUAUUAGAAUAAUAUCAGCCAAUUUGGUUGUCUUUUUCAUCUGUUACACUCCUAUCCAUAUUGCAUUUUUCAUGAAAUUCUAUGUUGCUUCCAAAGUCCCCCUUGACUGCCAACAGUAUAAUUUAAUGCGUAACUUCUAUCAUGUCUCAGAAGGGAUUGCCACAACAAGCUGCUGUUUAGAUGCUAUUGGAUAUUUCUUCUUAGUGAAGGAGUUCCGCAAGGAACUGAUUCCAGGGAGGUUAACAAAAGAGAGAACCAAGAAGCCUCUUCAGAGAGAACUGCUCUCUCUAGAACUGUAUAGGUAGGAAUGGAGAGGAAUUUUUAGCUACUCUAUAUUCUGUUUUGGCCUAGUGAAUGCUGUCACUUGAAGUAUCAUAAAAAUAUUCUGAUGGUUAUACGAUAUAUAAAUUCUAUACAUAUUUUCCUCCUA